GUUCUCAGUGUCUUCAGCAGCGAAGAACAAAGAAGAGAUCGAACAACAUUAAGAGCUGCUAAUCUACUGCAUGCUCUAAACUUAAGCCCUUAAAAAAUUUAUAAAGAUGUCGAAGGAAGUGACUGAAGAAGGAGAAGCAUCUCAGCCUGGGAGAGACUACGUUGACCCACCACCAGCACCUUUUUUUGACGCAGAAGAGCUUACUGUCUGGUCCUUUUACAGAGCAGUUAUCGCCGAGUUCAUUGCCACCCUUCUCUUUCUCUACAUAACUGUUGCCACCGUUAUCGGCUACAAGAAGCAAACUGAUCCCUGCGAGACAGUUGGCCUUCUGGGCGUCGCUUGGGCCUUUGGGGGCAUGAUUUUCAUCCUUGUUUAUAGCACUGCAGGAAUAUCAGGUGGUCAUAUUAAUCCAGCCGUGACGUUCGGUUUAUUCCUGGCACGAAAGGUUUCGUUAAUAAGAGCGAUUUCUUACAUGGUGGCUCAGUGCUUGGGAGCAAUAUGUGGAGUAGCGUUGGUGAAGGGCAUAAUGAAGGACUACUACGAUAUCGAUGCUCUUGGAGGUGGCACUAACGCCGUGUCUCCGGGCUACUCCAAGGGAACCGCUUUAGGAGCUGAGAUUAUUGGGACUUUCGUGCUUGUCUACACAGUCUUCUCCGCCACAGAUCCAAAGCGAAACGCUCGCGAUUCCCACGUCCCAGUUUUGGCUCCCUUGCCAAUUGGGUUUGCAGUAUUUUUGGUGCACUUGGCGACCAUCCCCAUCACAGGCACAGGAAUAAACCCAGCUCGGAGUUUUGGGGCUGCUGUAAUCUACAACAAGGACAAAGUUUGGGAUGAUCAGUGGAUAUUCUGGGUUGGACCUUUUGCGGGAGCGCUCGCUGCAGCACUAUAUCAUCAGCAUAUUCUGAGAGCCAACGCCAUCAAAGCUUUGGGAUCGUUCACCACCAACCCCACCAACUAGGCCAAUAUUUGUUCCUCUCGUACUUAUCUGUGUGUACAGGUGUAUGUGAUUUUUGUUCUUUCUCGUGUGUAUAGUCAAUAGUCAUCCUCGUACAUAGGUAUUGAUGAUUGGUGGUUGCGAUGUUGGUUGUGGGGCCUACUAUCACUCGUGCUGUGUCCUGUUCUCAGAUAUUGGAUUUGUGCGUCUAAUUUGUAUAUAUAUAUAUCCACAUAACUCUCUAUUGUGUCA